AUGGUUUUAACGUUUGUGAAAAGUCAAAAAGGCAACAACAUGUUGAUACUGAACGGUUUCAUUCACAAAAAGGAACGAAUUAUUGAAGGGAAGAUUAUUUGGAAGUGCGCCAGUUACAACAAGUGUAAAUGUCCUGGAAGAGUGCAUACAUUUGAAGGUGAAGUUGUGAAGAGUACAUCCCAUAACCACGUUGCCGAUGCUGCAAAGUUGGAAGCAAGGUCAGUUUGCAAUGAUAUUAAGCGAAUGGCUCAACAAGUUGAACCAACUACUCAAGCGAUAGUGGGUGCAGCAUCAGAAGGGCUAUCACUGGCAGGAGCUGGACAGCUACCCUCUGUAUCUUCUUUAAAACGCACCAUACAGCGAGCCCGAAACCGGUAUGAAGCUAUUCCUGCAAACCCCAUAAAUUUGACAGAGCUGGUGCUUCCUCCGGAAUAUACUGUAACUAACAAUGGCGAACCUUUCCUGUUGUUUGACAGCGGCCCGGGAGAACAACGCAACUUAUUAUUUAGUUCCGAAAGAAAUUUGACGUUCAUGGAGCACUGA